CCUCAGAUAUAGAUCUCAGACUCAGAAGAGAGGGCCUUUUGAGACCACCUCUUCCUGAAGUCUUGUGAAAAGCAGAGACUUACCUGAAGUCACAUGGAGGCCAGUACCAUCGAUGAGUCAGGACACUUACUAGCCAACUCCCCGACUUCAGAUGUAUUUUGUUCCAAAAUGGCAUCUUCCCUUUGUGGAGUACUCUUUGCUGUUGGCCUCUGUGCUCCAAUCUACUGUGUGUCCCCGGCCAAUGCCCCCAGCGGAUACCCCCACCCUUCCUCCACAGAGAGCACCCCUGCCUCACAGGUGUAUUCCCUCAACACCGACUUUGCCUUCCGCCUAUACCGCAGGCUGGUUUUGGAGACCCCAAGUCAGAACGUCUUCUUCUCCCCUGUGAGUGUCUCCACUUCCCUGGCCAUGCUCUCCCUUGGGGCCCACUCAGUCACCAAGACCCAGAUUCUCCAGGGCCUGGGCUUCAACCUCACACACACACCAGAGUCUGCCAUCCACCAGGGCUUCCAGCACCUGGUUCACUCACUGACUGUUCCCAGCAAAGACCUGGCCUUGAAGAUGGGAAGUGCCCUCUUCGUCAAGAAGGAGCUGCAGCUGCAGGCAAAUUUCUUGGGCAAUGUCAAGAGGCUGUAUGAAGCAGAAGUCUUUUCUACAGAUUUCUCCAACCCUUCCAUUGCCCAGGCGAGGAUCAACAGCCAUGUGAAAAAGAAGACCCAAGGGAAGGUUGUAGACAUAAUCCAAGGCCUUGACCUUCUGACAGCCAUGGUGCUGGUGAACCACAUUUUCUUUAAAGCCAAGUGGGAGAAGCCCUUUCACCCUGCAUAUACAAGAAAGAACUUCCCAUUCCUGGUGGGCAAGCAGGUCACUGUGCCUGUCCCUAUGAUGCACCAGAAGGAGCAGUUUGCUUUUUGGGUGGAUACAGAGCUGAACUGCUUUGUGCUGCAGAUGGACUACAAGGGAGAUGCCGUGGCCUUCUUUGUCCUCCCUAGCAAGGGCAAGAUGAGGCAACUGGAACAGGCCUUGUCAGCCAGAACACUGAGAAAGUGGAGCCACUCACUCCAGAAAAGGUGGAUAGAGGUGUUCAUCCCCAGAUUUUCCAUUUCUGCCUCCUACAAUCUGGAAACCAUCCUCCCGAAGAUGGGCAUCCAAAAUGCCUUUGACGAAAAUGCUGAUUUUUCUGGAAUUACAAAGAGAGACUCCCUGCAGGUUUCUAAAGCAACUCACAAGGCUGUGCUGGAUGUCAGUGAAGAGGGCACUGAGGCCACAGCAGCUACCGCCACCAAGUUCAUAGUCCGAUCGAAGGAGGGUCCCUCUUACUUCACUGUCUCCUUCAAUAGGACCUUCCUGAUGAUGAUUACAAAUAAAGCCACAGACAGUAUUCUCUUUCUAGGGAAAGUGGAAAAUCCCACUAAAUCCUAGGUGGGAAAUGGCCUGUUAACUGAUGGCACGUUGCUAAUGCACAAGAAAUAACAAACCACAUCCCUCUUUCUGUUCUGAGGGUGCACUUGACCCCAGUGGAGUUGGAUUCACUGGCGGGGACGCCACUUCCAAGGCUCAAUCACCAAACCAUCAACAGGGACCCCAGUCACAAGCCAACACCCAUUAACCCCAGUCAGUGCCCUUUUCCACAAAUUCUCCCAGGUAACUAGCUUCAUGGGAUGUUGCUGGGUUACCAUAUUUCCAUUCCUUGGGGCUCCCGGGAAUGGAAAUAUGCCAACCCAGGUUAGGCACCUCUAUUGCAGAAUUACAAUAACACAUUCAAUAAAACUAAAAUAUGAAUUCAUCUGUCAA